AUGAUAUCCAAAUCCAACCCAACGGAGAUUGAGGUCCUCUUCUUCCCAGCCGCCGAGAAGCCACCGCCGGGAAGACUUUGGUCCAGCCCCCCGAGUACGAUGAGAUCGCGAUGGUGUCCAACCCAAAUCCACCUUCGACGAAGCUUCUGGCGGCCCUUCUCCUUCCCAAAACAGAAAUUCUUCUAUGCAAAAUCCGUCUCCCCCACCAUCGACAACUUCACAUGCGGAGCCGCCGUCGCUGGAGCGGAAUUCGAGUAUGCGCAGAGUGUGAGGUACGCGGCGGUGUCGGAGGGAGUGAGUGAGUUUUUCGGAGUGGCGGAGGUUGGAGGAAGGGCUUAUGCUCUGGCGCAGUGCUGGGAGAGCGUCGGGAGAGAUGGUUGCCGGGAGUGUUUGGGUAAAGCCGCCGCCGCAGUGGUCGGAAGAUGUCUGCCGAGGAGGGAAGGGAGACCGCUGAAUGCCGGUUGCUAUUUGAAGUACUCCGAACAUAAAUUCUACGGUGACGGAGGUGUUAGAGUGCAUCGUCGCGGGGAUUCAACACUGGGAGUGAUAAUGGCGAUUGCCUUAGCAUCAGCAGCAUUCGCCAUGCUCACACUCUUCGCAACUUACGCUGUCCAUCUCAAAUGCCUAAAGGCUAAACAAGCACGCAGAAAUCUGGGCAAGGUAUCGAUAAGCUUCAAUAGGUUAAGCAUGAACUUCAAGUAUGAAACUUUAGAAAAAGCCACUGAUUACUUCAGCCUGUCGAAGAAGCUAGGCCAAGGAGGAGCUGACACAAUUUUCAUUGGAUCUCUUCCCAAUAACCAAACCGUGGCAGUGAAGCGGUUGAUCUUCAACAUAAGCCAAUGGGUGGAGGAGUUCUUUAACGACGUGAAUUUGAUCAGCGAAAUUCAACACAAGAACCUCGUUAAGCUGCUCGGUUGCAGUAUUGAAGGACCCGAAAGCCUGCUGGUCUACGCGGGUGCUCUGCCUGGACGAGGCCACGACGGGGCUGGACAGCGCCGCCGCGUUCUUCGUCGUGGAAUCCCUCCGCAACGUCGUCUUAGCUUGGCUCAAGAGAGUCUCAUGGAGCACCCU